AUGCGGUUCGCGGUGAAGUUUGUGCUGGUGACAUUUGCGAUCAGCGCUGUCAACGGGACGCAAUUUUCGGUAUCCUCCACCCCCGACAGACACCAUCGCCACACAUCUCCAUGCCUCGCAAAUAUCACCCACGAUAGGGUGUUAUUAAAGCGUGUUAGUGUGAUAUCGAAAUAUAUAUUUACGGGAAAGGUGCACGGCGUGAAUACAGAAAAUACCACGAGGGUUUAUAAAGUUAAUAUACGACGUGUUUUAAAAGGCGAUCUGAAUGACAUUGGCAUUACGGUUGGGUACGGGAAAGCGGCGUCGCUACUAUUCAGCGAUGCUACAAUUUUAGUGCAAAGUUCGAUAGACUGGAAAUGUCGACCUUUACGAGUGCGGACGUACGCUAUAUUUUUAACAGAAAAGAAUCGCGGCAGUGUUGGAAAUCCCGUACGACUGAAGUUAGUUGUGGAACCCGUAUUGCUGACGCUUCGCAACAUAGAGAUUAUAGAAGCUGCUAUCAAAGGUGAGGAUUUGUAG